AAAUCAUGCCUAUGUUGUUGUUAUGUUGCUCACCUUUCAAACAUUAAAACUCUUACUUGCUCCUUUCCGCUCUCAAGACUAUGAGAAAAUAUCGCCAUCUCCUCAACCUCGGGAGAGCGAAAGAUCUUUUCAUCUCAAACAGGGCAUGGGCACAACAAGCUAGUCCCCUUAAAUCACACCAGCUAAGCCGCUGUACACAACAACCACCACCUCUUCCACCCUCUUCCUGUUCUCGUAUAUCAAUAAACAAAUGCAAUGAAGGUAAUAUGGUUUCUCGCCAUUAUCUCCAUGCAAGUCUAGGCAAUUUUACUCGUCUUCAUUCCCAUUCUCACUACUCCACUCUUGAGGCUUCACAACUUGAUUACGAGGAGGAACAGUCAUCAGUUGAUUACCAUGUGAUUGUGAAGGAUCGAGAUGUCGUUUCAGCAUCUAUCACCCCAGCGUACAAGCACUGGCUCCCCCUAUCCAACCUGGACCUCCUUCUACCACCCGUUGCAGCUGGAGUUUUCUUUUGCUACAAGAAAAAGGAUGGCGUACCCAUGUCACCAGCAACUGUGGUAAACACCUUUAGGACAUCAUUGGCUGAGGCUCUAUCGACAUUCUAUCCUCUCGCGGGUGAGAUUGUGCAAAACAACCAAGGGGAACCGGAGCUACUGUGCAACAACAGUGGAGUGGAAUUUGUGCAUGCCCACGCUGACAUUGAAUUGAAAGACCUAGAUUUUCAUCGUCCUGAUGACUCCAUCAAGGGGAAGCUAGUACCUAAGAUAAAUCGUGGCGUGUUGUCAGUUCAGGUAACGGAGUUAAACUGUGGAUCAAUAAUAAUAUCAUGCUCUAUUGAUCACCGAGUAGCAGAUGGUCAGUCAUUAAACAUGUUCUUAGUUUCAUGGGCGGAGAUUGCACGAAUGAAACAAAUCACCAACAUUCCAUCAUUUCGCACAUCGAUCUUGAAUCCACGUAAACCACCAGCAUAUGACACAAUCGUUGAUAAUUUGUACCUGCCUAUAUCAUUCCUCCCUCCGCCACCUUCUUUCCAGGACACGCUUUAUAGUCGCAUGUAUUAUAUUACUGCUGAAUCAAUCAAUCGCAUUCAGUCUCAAGCAUCUUCAAUGGAAACAAGAAGAAGCAAACUCCAAUCAUUCACUGCAUUCUUAUGGAAAUUAUUAGCACAUGGAGGUGAUGAUAAUGUGAAUACAAAUUCCCGAAUGGGCAUUGUCGUUAAUGGACGACAAUUUUUAACAGAAAAUACUGAAAAGUCAUCAUCUCACAUGGAAAAUCACUUCGGAAAUGUACUAUCUAUCCCAUAUGGUACAGCAACGAAUGAGGAUCUCAAGACAAUGCCACUUAAUGAAGUUGCAGAUGAGGUCCAUAAGUUUGUCAUCAAAGCAACUAAAGAAGAGCAUUUCAGGGGAUUAAUCGAUUGGGUAGAGUUACAUCGACCAGAGCCAGCUGUUGCUAAGAUAUAUUUCGGACUAAAAGAGAUCGAAGGUGAGGCUACAGUUGUAUCAUCUGGGCAAGGUUUACCAAUUAACGAUAUGGACUUUGGAUGGGGAAAGCCAGAGUUUGGAUCCUAUCAUUUUCCUUGGGGUAGUCAAAGCGGAUACCUAACUCCAAUGCCGAGUGCAAGAAACAAUGGAGAUUGGGUCGUAUACAUGCAUCUCAAGCAAAAAGAUCUGGAUUUGAUUGAGAGUAUGGCACCCGGUGUGUUUACACCCUUAAACAAUUCACAUUUGAGUUUCUAAUUUGUGUUUCUCCGAACAAAUAUAUGGUUUACAAAUUCAUAUAUACUGGAGUUAUUAUUUUACAUGUCGAUUUCUUUUGUAAUUUAUAUCUUUGUAAAUGUAUGUUCUUAAAGUGUGGGGUAAGCUAGAUUGGUUAUUUCUUUGACUUUUUCUUCACUCGAUGUUCAAUGUCACAAU